CAAAAAAGGAUACCGUGGAAAAAUAAUAUGUCGAGCACGAAUGAAAGUGAAAUUAGUGAACGGUGGUAGGCAGUUCUCCGCCCGUUUACUUCUCACCUGGGCGUUGUCUCCUCGGGAGCGAAUAUCACUUUCCAUUUCGAUUCACGAUCAUGGGUGAUAAUUCCAUGAGGUUAGAGAACUAUGAAGUGCUUAAAGCUCUCUACGAUUUCAAGGCCACAUUCUCGAAAACCCUCAGCUUUCAGGAGGGCGAUUAUUUUAUUUUAUAUCAAACCAAUACCAAGCAAAGAAAUUGGUGGCAAGUGGUUAACAGGGACGGCCAGAUUGGAUAUAUUCCCUCGAAUUAUGUCACCACUGUGAAGGUAUCAUCCCAAGUAUUAAUUGAAUUUUUGGAGGAUUGCAUAGGAAAUGUAAAGACUGAAAUGCAUUUGGACAAGCAGGAUCUUCUUCUAAGAUUAAUAGAGAAGAAGAGACAAGCUGAAGCACACAAGAAGACUAAGAGGCAAGCUCCAAUGCCUCCAGAAUUUGGAAGUACUACCCCUAACUCAGAAAUAUGUUCAUCUCCUAGUAAUACAUCAUAUAUGACGGCACAAACAACUGUGCAUACUAACAAUGAGAAAGAAGAAGCACCAAUUAUUCCACAAUGUCAGCGUGCAUCUAUCAGUGAACAAAGGGUACAAUCACUUCCACGUCAGUCUUCUUCUGAGUCACAAAAGAUUCAAGCAGAAGUUCGUAAGAGCCCUUCUCAGAGCAGUGCUCGACAAACCCCUGUUAAUUCGCCUAUAAAAAAGAAAAGUUCAUUAUGUGAUAUUAAUUCUCAUACGGCUUAUCAGUUACUUGACCAAGUGCGUAGAAAUACUCAGUUAAGCUACGAGAUGUCUAAAGUCGCGGUUACAGUAGUUGUUUCUGGACUGCAACAAUUGUUACCACAGAAUGUGAGCCAUUAUUUCGAUGCAUUAUUGCAUCAGUUGGAAACACCGUUCACGGUGUCGCAAAUGAGCAUAGAGGAAACGUACGACGCUAAUAGAUUGAAAGUAAUUUUUACAGAGCUUACUUCUUGCAAAGAAGAUUCUCAACAGAGAAAUUGGAUGCUUUAUGAAGAUGAAUCUAUUAUUGUUGAUUAUAUAAAGGAACUUACUUCUAUAUUGACAAAUGCGGAUGCAAAUGUAUCUAGAUAUGUUUUGCAACAGAAUCAAUAUAAUGGGGUUAAUAUAUUAAUACAGUAUUAUCAAAUGGAGCCAAGAUGGACAAUUAGACAGUUGCUGUUACAGUCAUUCGGAGUAAUGUGUAGUCUAGAUUCUGUGAUCUUAACCAUAAUGUUAAACAGUGUAUUACCUAUGGAACUGGCAAGAGAUAUGAGGAGUAACCCUAGAAACGUAACAAAAUUAAAUUAUUCAUCAUUAUUACUUACUAUGAUCUUUUCAAUGGGUGAACCCAUGCCAGUUACACAUUUGGAACAAUUAGGUCCGGAUUUUAUUACGUUUAUCUUGGAUUUAAUAGAAAAUCCACCAGAUAUGGAUUUGGAAGAUCAAAUUCCAGACUUGUUUGUGAAUUUAAUAUUAUCCUACAAUUUACAAUUCACAAACUCGGAAAAUAUAGUUCUGAAUGCGUUGAAAGAAAGAACAGUAGCAAAAAGUUUCACUGAAAAAAUUUUACUUUUAUUUAACAGGGAAGAAGAUCCUGUGCGAAUAUUCGAUCAUGAACCACCUCCGCCGCAUUCUGUACUGAAACUGUUUAUCGAUUUGUUUAGCAACGACAUCACGGCAGGUCUUUUUUACACUAACGACGUGAAAGUUCUAAUUGAUAUUAUAUUGCGUCAAUUGUACGAUAUGUUCCCCGGUGAUAAGCGCAGACAAUAUUUGGAACUAUGUCGAAGAGUACUUCGUACCUCCAGCUAUAAUGAACAUAAGUAUCGUUCGGAAGAUUUACUGAAGUGCUUCACGAGAAUAUUCUGCGAGGAGACUGGAGAGAGUCAAGAAGACCAGCAGUCGGUACGCGAAAUUAGUAAUGAAUUUCCGCAUUUGUUUAAAAUGUGACAUUUACUGUCGCCCUGCGGCAAUAAAGAUUUGGAAGAAGAUGAUUUGCAAACUCUCGUGUAAGUAAGGAGGUUGUGGUAUGUACAAUGAGAAGAAACGACGAUGAAACAAGUUACCAAUCAAAAAUAUCUUCUUUAUUUUUCUAAUACUUCUAUUUUGCUCAGCUACCUAAUAUAUCAAGAACGCACACACACACACGAUUCGCAGAACUUUAAACGCAUCAGAUUAUAUUUUUUUCCCGUUUUAAUCUUUCUAGCGAAUGACACUAUUUAUUCUAGGUAAAAAA